AUGACGAAAGAAUUACUUACAUGGGUAUCUAUCUGGAGUGAUAACGAGGAGACGAUGGAUCAGGGUCAAGUCACAAACCAGGACGAACUCGACCCAGUCAUUACGCCCGACCGAGCAAGCUCCGAUUACUCCUCCGACAUUCAGCCAUCUCACUCGGGGACUGAGAUCAAUCAAUGGACCAAAGGAUUCACGAGUUUCACCCUGGAUAAAUUGAUGUUAAGAAAUUUGGUUAUAGAGACAAACGAGGGCACGAGUUUAGGUACAGGAUACAACUCGGUCAAUAGACCAGAUGUAGACACAGUACACAUCUCUGCCGCCAUGGCAGUCUUUUUUUUGGAGUAUGAAACCCAAUAA